GCCUCUUCCGCCGCUGCCGUGGGAAUGGAAACAUCUACCCCACGUACCGGAAGCCAGCUCGCGCAGACGGCGGCGCGCCACUCCGCGUCCUCCCGCGGCGAAGCUCCGCGGGUGUCAUCGCGAGACGAGCUCGCCGAAAUGGCCGCCGCCAGUCAAGGAAACUUUGAGGGAAAGUUUGAGUCACUGGACCUUGCAGAACUUGCUAAAAAGCAGCCAUGGUGGCGCACGCUGUUUGGGCAGGAAUCUGGGCCUUCAGCUGAAAAGUAUAGUGUGGCAACCCAGCUGUUAAUUGGAGGUGUCACUGGAUGGUGCACAGGUUUCAUAUUCCAGAAGGUUGGAAAACUGGCUGCAACGGCUGUGGGAGGUGGAUUUUUUCUGCUUCAGCUUGCAAACCAUACUGGCUACAUCAAAGUGGACUGGCAGCGUGUAGAGAAGGACAUGAAGAAGGCCAAGGAACAGCUGAAGAUCCGCAAGAGCAACCAGAUACCUACAGAGGUCAAGAGCAAAGCAGAGGAGGUGGUGUCGUUUGUGAAGAAGAACGUUCUAGUGACUGGUGGCUUUUUUGGAGGCUUUCUGCUGGGCAUGGCAUCCUAGAGGGGAUGACUUCACCACCAAGAGUCCUACGUUUGCCAACCAGCAGCCUCUCCCCUCCACCCUAGGACAGAAAACUCCUCCUCUUCCUCCUCCCUGUCAUGGCGUAUCUGAGUGGCUUUGUAGGCAUCUGGUGGUUCAAGUUGAGAACGGCCCCACUGUGAGCUUGACGGCAAUGGAAGAGACCAUAGAUGUUAGCGCUUAUCUAGCACACUCCCCUGGGACUAAUCUGUAGGUCAGCAAGUAUAUUCCUUUCUCGCGUAAGAUGCUUACCAGAACAUAGGACAAGAUGACACACCGAGUGGAUCUUCAAAGGUUGCCCCACACUUGAUUUGGAAAAGACAUUGUAAGCAUAUAAGAUACCUCGUUAAGUUUUGCAUGGAAAGGAACUGAAUACACUGGCCUUUAAGCUUGAAAGAUUUGCAGUUGUGGUGUCUACUUUCUCUUUUAGUAGAUUUGAAAUUACAGAAAGAGAACUACUCUUAGUGUGUGACAGUUGAAAAAUCCGAAUAUGGAAUGAACUUGUCCUAAAGUGACAUACGAUGAGCUGAAGCUGUUUGGUGGGAAGGCCUUUGGGGAAACCAAGCAGUCGAUAACAUUUAGGAUGGUCAGACUUAGUGAAUCAUUUAAAGGCAUUCAGAUAUUAUCUAGGGAUGUUUUCCACCACACAGGGUAAUGGAUCUCAUGGCUGUUUCCAAAGGGUUUAUUGAUGGUGAAAUAAGUGACUUUAGGUGUAAGAGGGAAGAAGCUCUUGGGUUUUUAUUUAAUAGAAAGGGUUUGAAGCUUUGAAAUGUGAACUUUCCUUUACUUCCAGUCAAAACGUCAGGGGUAACCCAUAGCUCCUCUGUGUCAAUUCUGUUUCUUUAUUCAGAGUUUUAAAAUGGUGGCAUUUCCAAGCAUUAAAAAUUUAGAACAGUAGCAUCAAAGGUAUCUGCUGUCUCAUGAUGACCCCAACUCUUCGAAUUUAUCUUUAGAAUUCAAGUUUAUACACACACCCAUCCUUAGAAACAAGACAUUUUUCUGUAACGACCUUUUACCAUCUGGAAUAUGCAGUGCAGAAAGGCAAGGCUGUGUCUUCACUUGUAUACAUGGAGUCAAGCACUUAGUAGAUACUCAGUCUGUUGAAUAUAUGAGUAAUGAGGUCAUAGAAAAGUAGGUGGAAAAUGGGGUGAUCAGCAGGAUUUUUGAGACUUGAUGAGUUCUGAGAAUGCUGAAAACUCGGAAUUACUUCUUAAACUUGCAGGUGAUCCCUUGCAAAAUGUAUGUUUUCAAUGCCUUCCUUUUAAAAUGUUUGCCUUGUAACUUGAAUUUGGAAAUUGUAGCUACUAGCGGAUGUGUGGAAUUUUUUAGAAUUCAUCCGUUUGCAUUUUUCUCCUUACUGUAAUAUUUUAAGGCAACAUUAAGUAGUUUUGCUUGUAACAUAUGUGGAUUAUAUACAAAUCAUAAUGGUAUGAGCCAGUGUCCUAUAUUUUUGUAUAAGAACUCAAAAAUUUUUCACUUUUUCUUAUGCUCAGACAUAUGUAAACAUAUAAAUGUUCAAAUAUAUAUGAAAGUACAGUGACCCCCAUGGACCCACCUAUAAUGAUCAUCAAAAUACAGUUUUAUCAGUGGCUUUGAAACAAAUAGCAGAUGUGUCCCUUUAUUAUAUUUUGGUAUGUGUCUUAAACGGUAAGAACUCUUCUUAAAAAUCAUAAAUACAUGGAUCCACUAUUAGAUUCAUGUGACCCCACCCACACCAAUGGAAUACUGGGGCUGCAAAAACUGAAGUGCCCUGUGCCCCUUUGGGUUGCAGGUGGGGGUGGGUGGCCUGUCUCUGGUUUCCCUGUCAUCCCUGGUAUGGUUGAGGUCAGUAUUACAAGUUGCUCUCAUCAUAGUACAGUGAGAAUGGCCUGGCCUUCUGCCUACUGUGUGGGGCUACCACUGGUAGCUGUGCCAAGUGGGUGCUGACGUUGGAGAGUGGUAGGGCUCUGGUGCACAGCACUGGUGGCACUUAGUGGAAUCCCCGCAGGCCUUUAGGGGUGCCUCUAAAUGGAUGCUUUUGAACUGUGGUGUUGGAGAAGACUCUUGAGAGUCCCUUGAACUGUAAGGCGAUCCAACCAGUCCAUCCUAAAGGACAUCAGUCCUGAAUAUUCAUUGGAAGGACUGAGGCCGAAGGUGAAACUCCAAUACUUUGGCCACCUGAUGGGAAGAGCUGACUAAUUGGCAAAGACCUUGAUGCUGAGAAGGAUGGAAGGUGGGAGGAGAAGGGGACGACAGAGGAUGAGAUGGUGGGAUGGCAUCACCAACUUGAUGGACAUGAGCUUGAGCAAGCUCUGGGAGUUGGUGAUGGACAGAGAGGCCUGGCGUGCUGCGGUCCAUGGGGUCGCAAAGAGUCGGACACGACUGAGUGACUGAACUGAGCUGAACUAAAUGGAGGCCUUGUUGCCAGCAGCUUGGUUUCAGAUGGUGAAGUGAGGGUGGUUUCCCCCCAGAGCAGCUUGCCGCCCCUUCCUGCGAAACAUGCCAGGACUAGGCAGCUGCACCCAUUGAUGCUGUGUUUGCCCGUGACUGGCAAGGCCUGUUUAACAAGGCAUGUGUUUUCCUCCAGGGCCCAGAAUCCAGUACUGUGCUGGGCCUCCUUUUUAGUGAUGGGGGCUGAAGAGACGGCAACUUCUCUUGAAGCCUUUCCAGUUGUCCCUUUGACCAGGUUUGGGCAUCUGCUCCCCGUUGCUCAGAGCUUCCUUCCCUCUGUCCUGGCCUGGCCACCUCUGACAGCUGCCGGCUUUUCUCCCUUUUCACUCCUCACCCCUGAGCCCCCUUGUGCGCCUGCUGUUCCUGCCACUCUUGGGGUACCCUGGGACCAGCUCGGAUGAGGAGCUGUUCGCAGAGGAGGGGAAGAGGGGUCCAGGGUUCACUUUCUGGCUACUGCCUGCUCAGGGCUGACAGAUAAGACUCCUGUGUCUUCAUUCUUGCUAAGGCUCUGUAUCCCCAUGGCCGGCAUGGCUGAAAUUGGAGCAACCUGACUGAUGCACAUCGCUGUGAUUAUUAUAACAUGCAGAUAAAGAUCCCUCCCACCUCCCGUCUGGGUCACGUGUCUGCUCCCACAUCCCGACACUUGGCCUCAGGGACAUUGAUCAGUAGGACGGGGUGGGAGAUUCACUCUCGUGUGGCCUGUCACCUGGGUAAGAGCCCCACCUAAUGGACCUGCCAGGACCCAGAACAUGAUGAAUGACUUCCAUAAUUCUAGCUUACAUGGUUUUGAAAACACUUGACUGUUGUCAAAGUGUCCCCUCCAUCAUCCUUCUGGUUUUAAGACUGGGCUCUUACUUUGAACAUCUACUUUUUUGUAGUUCGGGAAAUGCCAUCCAUUGGAUUUUAAAAAUUGUCUUAGGGAUAGAUUGGCAAGAUCUGAAUAUCAUUGGUAUUCCAUGAUCUCAGUUUCUUCUCUGAGGGAAACUUUCUUAAGGCCAGUUUUGGACCCUGCAGACAAAAUUUGAGUCCUCCCCUUUCUGGGGAGGUCUCCACCAAGUUACCAGCUUCAUUUCUUUGUCAUGGUUCCAAGUCUGGGGCUUGCUUGAUCACGUAUGCAAUAGUGGUGUGAUCUCUUGGAGAGAUGGGCAGAAAACCAAAUCAUACAGUGUGGCGUAUGUCUGUGAUGUUUGAUACUUCUUAAGCAUCUUACUGUGAAAGUGCUGUACUCAAUAUGCCAGCAAAUUUGGAAAGCUCAGCAGUGGCCACAGGACUGGAAAAGGUCAGUUCUCAUUCCAAUCCCAAAGAAAGGCAAUGCCAAAGAAUGCUCAAACUACUGCACAAUUGCACUCAUUUCACACUCAUCUCACAUACUAGUAACGUAUUGCUCAAAAUUCUCCAAGCCAGGCUUCAGCAAUACAUGAACUAUGAACUUCCAGUUAUUCAAACUGGUUUUAGAAAAGGCAAAGGAACCAGAGACCAAAUUGCCAACAUCUGCUGGAUCAUGGAAAAAGCAAGAGAGUUCCAGAAAAACAUCUAUUUCUGCUUUAUUGACUAUGCCAAAGCCUUUGACUGGAUCACAAUAAACUGGAAAAUUCUGAAAGAGAUGGGAAUACCAGACCACCUGACCUGCCUCUUGAGAAACAUAUAUGCAGGUCAGGAAGCAACAGUUAGAACUGAACAUGAAACAGAUUGGUUCCAAAUAGGAAAAGGAGUGCAUCAAGGCUGUAUAUUGUCACCCUGCUUAUUAUAUGCAGAGUAUAUCAUGAGAAACACUGGGCUGGAGGAAGCACAAGCUAGAAUCAAGAUUUCCGGGAGAAAUAUCAAUAACCUCAGAUAUGCAAAUGACAACACCCUUAUGGCAGAAAGUGAAGAAGAACUAAAGAGCCUCUUGAUGAAAAUGAAAGAGGAGAGUGAAAAAGUUAGCUUAAAGCUUAACAUUCAGAAAACCAAGAUCAUGGCAUCCAGUCCCAUCUCUUCGUGGCAAAUAGAUGGGGAAACAGUGGCUGACUUUAUUUUUCUGGGCUCCAAAAUCACUGCCGAUGGUGAUUGCAGCCAUGGAAUUAAAAGAUGCUUACUCCUUGGAAGGAAAGUUAUGACCAACCUAGAUAGCAUAUUAAAAAGCAGAGACAUUACUUUGCCAACAAAGGUCCGUCUUGUCAAGGCUAUGGGUUUUCCAGUGGUCAUGUAUGGAUGUGAGAAUUGGACUGUAAAGAAAGCCGAGCACCAAAGAAUUGAUGCUUUUGAACUGUGGUGUUGGAGAAGACUCCUGAGAGUCCCUUGGACUGCAAGGAGAUCCAACCAGUCCACACUAAAGGAGAUCAAUCCUGGAUGUUCAUUGGUAGGACUGAUUCUGAAGCUGAAACUCUAAUACUUUGGCCACCUGAUGCGAAGAGCUGACUCAUUUGAGAAGACACUGAUGCUGGGAAAGAUUGAGGGCAGGAGGAGAAGGGGAUGACUGAGGAUGAGAUGGCUGGAUGGCAUCACCAACUCAGUGGACAUGAGUUUGGGUAAACUUUGGGAGUUGGUGAUGGACAGGGAGACCUGGUAUGCUGCAAUUCAUGGGGUCACAAAGAGUCGGACACGACUGAGCGACUGAACUGAACUGAAAUGUAGUAAAAUGUUUCAUUAAAUUGUUUUAUUAUUAACACAAGACAUUGAAAUGAUUAUGAGAAUGUAGCCCUAUUUUCCGGGUCUCUAAAGGCAUCAUUUCUCCAAAGGAGAAUGUUCGCCUCCUUAAGAGAUACUAUCUGCAAAAUGGGGUUUGCUGGUAGAGUUGGCAAGUAUUACAUAUAAUUGUCCUUUCCAGGGAAUCAUACUUCACAUGAGCAUAUGAGAAGCUUUAGCCUUGCAGGAGAGAAUCCUGUUGAUUUUUGUGGAACCUGGUAUUCCCCAAAUUUAGCUUACCAGGCAAGCAUUUUUUAUCCAUUACAGCAAUUCUUAGAAAUGCUGAUUUAAAGAACACUUGAUCUCAAACAAUAGUGGUAUUUCAAUAUCAGGGACUAUCUGUUCACAGCAGUGUAGACUCUAGCAUACUAAAAAAGGAGAGGAAGGAUCCUCCCUGUUUUGGCUUGAAAUCCUAAUCCCUUAAUACCCAAGGUGAUGGCAUUUGGAGGUGGGGCCUUUGGAGGUGAUUAAGUCAUGAGCGGAAGGUCCUCAUGAGUGGAAUUAGUGCUCUUAUAAAAUAGACUCCAGAGAGCUCCCUUGUCCCUUCAUGUGAGGAUAUGGUGAGAAGGCUGCCAUCUAUGAAUCAGGCAGAGGGCCAUCACCAGACACUGAAUCUCAGCACCUUUAUCUUGUAUUUUCUGCCUCCAGAACUUUGAGAAAUAAAUGUAAAUAAAUGUUGUUUAAGCCA